GCCUGCUGGCCUUCUUAUGUACAAGUGGCGAUUGCCAAUCAGCCAAUUGCAGCGCCCGGCGCGGGGGAGGGGAGAGAAAGAAAGACAGAGACGGCUCGACGGAGGAAUUGCCACGCGAUCGUGGAGAAAUUCCAGUUUCUGAAUUUAAAUUUGCACGUCUUUUAAUAUUUGACUUCCAAAUCACAAAUCUUUCAAAAUUUAACAACGAGACAUGCGAAUUCUUGGCGAAUUCUUCGUUUCGGAUGAAACCGAUCCUUCAAAUAUCAAAUCCACGCCCGCGUUAUCCGGCACCUGUAAUUGGGCUGGUUUCCUCAUACCUCAUGGGCUGCUUUUCCGGCCCACCACUACCGAACCGAAACCUCUCUUCCUCUUCCACCACCGCUGGGUCCCGCCCCGCGGCGGCGGCGGAACCGAACCCCGGCCGGUGCGGUGAUGGAGCGCGAGCGCCGCGCGCCAGCGGCGGCGGCGGCGCUGUGGGGGCACAAGCACCUCCACCUGCUGGCGCGCGCGGGGUCCAAGGAGUCGCUGGAGUACAUCCUGCAGGCGCUCUGGCGCACCCGCCGCACCGGCCUCGACGCCGCCGACCGCGCCGUGGUCCGCGACGCCCUCCAGCUCGCCUCCUACGCCGAGAUCGACCCCCUGCUCGUGUGCCUGAGGAUACUGAUCAGGCGGUGCGCCAGCGAGGACGUCUCCAAGGACGACAUCCCCAAGCUCUUCCCCGACGAGGUGCCGCCCGAGUUGCAGAAGCUGCUCACGUUGCUGCUGCAGAAGUUCCAGCCAGAGUGGCAGGAGGAUGCUUCAAAGGAUCAGGCAUCUACCCCACAUACAGGCACUGCAGAAUGUCAGUUGAACCAGAAUGGAGACACAUCAGAGCAGCCAGCUGCUUCUGAUGCAGAGGUAGAUGGAGCAAUGUGGUGUGAUGAUUUUUUCAUGGAUGUUCUACACUUAAGAAAUAUUUCUUAACUUGAAGCCGGAUGAUCACUAUCCUCUCAAGUGUUUACCUGAAUCAGUGAACUGAUAUCUAGUGCUCUAGGAUGAAAGAUCUGAUCAGGCUAAACUAUUGUUGUAAAUUGAAAGGAUGUUCCUGAGUCUUGACGACUUGUAAAUUGAUACUACUACAUGUUUUUAAGUCCAUUGCUGGUAUCGGUGCCGUGGCAUACUUAAACUGAUUCUUCCAUUUACAUUGCUGGGAAGGGAAGGUAUGUCUUCACGUGUGGACACUGGACAGCUUAUAAUGUGUUCCUAGGUACCUAACUCCUAUAUACUAAUGUAAUGUUUCAUGCA